UUAGAUGUAGAUGACUGCAUAUUAUGUACUUGGUUGUGUAUAUAAUCUCAUGAUCUAUUUAAGAUCAGUCAGUUUUUAAGAGUGGUUGUAGACAGACGAGAAACGCAGUCUUAACAUAAGUUACCAGUAGAUAUGUCUCAAGAUAUAAGUAAAUCACCAACUCUGGAGGUGCGAGCAAUGAAUCGUGAUGAUAUGGUUACCGUACACCGCCUCAUACAUGAACUGGCAAAGUUCGAGGGUGUCCCUGAUGGUCCGCAGCUCAGCGUGCAGGAUCUAAUAGAGGACGGGUUCGAGUGUUCCUCGCCGUGGUUCUUCGGCCUGGUGGCGUGUCGGGGCGAGCGUAUCGUGGGCUACGCUCUUUGUAACCGCGCCUACUCCUCCUGGACGCGGCGCGCCUUCUACCUUGAGGACCUGUUCGUGCUCCCCGAAGAGAGACGGAACGGCGUCGCCACAAUCAUGAUACAGGAGCUGUGCAAGAUGGCGGUGAGGGAGGGAGUCCACCGCGUGGACUGGCACGUGCUGGAGGACAACGAGAUGGCGCUCAGGUUCUACGGUAAGUUAGGAGCCGUAGACAUGAGGCGGAGCGAGGGGCGGGCGGCGCUCAGACUGCACAGGGACCGGAUAGAGGCCGUGGCGCGGGGAGACUUGCUCUAGCGCCGCACACACGAGGGUCGUUGUUGGCACCGACUACAACACCACAAACAUUAUAGUUUCAUAUCAUCAUUGAUUUACUCUCCACUCGUUGAAAGAAAUGCUUGUAUUGAAUUAUCUUCAAAGAUAACUUUCAGUAUGACUAACGACCGCAGCCGUCUCCGCUCGCUUCUGUUAUGUCCUUUAUAUAAAUAUCUGAAUAUUCAGUGUCAUUGUUCAUUACCAGAAUGCUCAAUUCCUUCGAAAUGGUCUUUUAGUGUCCUUUCUCGGAUACAAAUUGUUUUAAUUAACGAUGUCAUUUAAUUGACAAUGAUUGUAAAUAUGGUCCUCAUUAAUAUUUUCUACAUUUUUAAAUAUACGCCUAAGACUACAAACUACUAACUUCAAUAACUAAUGUGUGGUAUGUGUUAUAGUUACGUAUUACACGAGCUACUUAUUUAUAACCAUAUAUUUUUAUAUUAUUUUGACAAUAUUUAAUAAAGUUUAAACCAUA